AUGACAAAAAGUGCUGCUCAAAAUGACUUUGACGACAUUACUAUCGUGCGAGCGACAGUGGAGGACGCUCCAGCAGUCCUUGAUAUCCUAGAUGCUGCAGUCAAAUGGCUAGUAUCGCAGGAUAGAGUUGGGCAGUGGGGAACAUCACCAUUUUCGGAGGAUCCACGACGCACUGAGCAACUCAAAGAAUUUACAACAACCGGUCAUGGCCUCUGGCUCGCCGUCAAGGCGAAUUCUGAUGCUACGCCACUAGAUGAAAACCUCCUUUCAGAUACACCACUCAAAACCACGGAAGAAAAGACGGGGGGAUCUAUCGUAGGAGCUCUUGCUGUUGGAGAUAAGAUGCCUUAUAUGACACCUGUCUCUGAACCUGAGAUGUACGUGCGAUUAUUAAUUACGGAUCGACGAUGCGCUGGCAAGGGGGUUGGCAAACGGCUUUUAGAACAUGCGCGUAAGCUCGCCAAGGGGGCUGGAGCCUCCUUACUACGGUUGGACUGCUAUGCAGGUGAUGACGGGAAACUGGUUCAAUACUAUGAAUCGCAAGGAUUUAAGCGAUCCGAACUCUUGAACAGUGAAGGAGAUUGGCCUUGUCAAGUGCUUGCUCAGCAUCUACAUGAGGUGGAGGAAGAGGAAAAAGGGGUUUGA